AAUACUACCGACAAAUCUUUGGAACAGCUAUGGGAAACCCUCUAUCACCCGUUCUAGCCGACCUCGUUCUAGAAGGACUAUUAGACACAACCAUUACAAAACUAAGUUUCAAACCACCAAUUCUCAAAAAAUAUGUAGACGAUUUCAUAAUGGCUAUACCUCUCAACAAACUCAAACAAGUGCACGAUAUCCUCAAUAACUAUGACAAACAUAUACAGUUCACCUAUGAAUUGGAAGAAAAUCGCAGAUUACCAUAUCUCGACAUGGUACUAGUACGCACGGAAAACCAAGAGAUACGUACUGAGUGGUAUUCCAAACCCAUAGCAAGUGGACGUUUUCUUAACUUCCACUCAUACCAUUCAUACCAGCAAAAAAUCAACGUGGCAAAAAACUUUAUCAGCAGAGUGGAAAAACUAUCUACCAAUCUCAACAGACCGGAGCAAAUCCAAAUCAUGGACAAAUAUUUAAAACAAAACGACUACCCAAAGUCGCUGCGAAACAGAUUGAUUAACAAUAACAAAACACGCGCAAUACCUACCACACAACUUUCCAAUCCUGAUGAAAACCUGAAACAUACUUACCGGUCACUUCCAAACAUACCGUCAUUGACGCAUAAAAUAGCAAAAACCCUAAAAAGAGACUACCCGGAUGUCUCACUAGCUUUUCGCAACAUCAAAACAGUAGCAAAUCUUUUCAGCAAGGUCAAAGAUAGCAUACCGCAGGAUAAUUUGAGCAAUGUGAUAUACAGCAUACCAUGCCAAAACUGCCCAUCAUCAUAUGUGGGCAUGACUUCGAACAUGCUUAAAACAAGGAUAGCUGCACACCGCUCAAACAUAAAAAAGCUCAACUUACUCAGGGAAGCAGGACACACCAGUGAAGACAUCCAGAUAGUCGAACUAAAACAAAAAACAGCUCUCCUCGAACACAGCAUUACACAUCAUCAUAACUUCGAUGUAAACAAGGUGAAGAUACUCGAUCAACAUAACCGAACGACAGCUCUUCCUAUAUUGGAAAUGUGUCAUAUCAUCAACCAGCAAAAAACUGUAAACAAACGCACAGAUACCGACGGACUUAGUUGUAUAUAUGCAGGAAUUCUACAAACACUACAUAAUAGAAACUAUAAAACUGACAACACUUACACUACCGAUACUACCAUACGCACGAUUAUAGCAAACACUCAACAACCGUCAAAUUCAGUACAGUUACCAGAUCGAAUAUAGCGCUUUUUCCCUCGUUCUCUACCCGCGAAACAGAAUCGUUUCAAACGCAGAAAAAUUUCAAAAAAUACAGUAGGUGCAUGAAUAUGCGAACAAUAGCACUAUUAGAUGACGCGUAUACAUUAGGACAGUUCAUGUUUUACCACAACAUUACACUUUACAAGAAAACACAAAGUUUUUAAUCCUUGAUAAAGGUGGAAUAAAUCCAUUGAAACGUUGGAAGUAAAAGCAAUAUUGUUGUUUUCGCUGUCUAAUUUAUGACUGAUUAGCC